AAGGGAAGGGAGGAAUUGUUUUGUUUGGGCGAGAGUGGAGGGGGAGAAGACGUGGAAUGCCCGAUGGAAGCUGAAGUUGCUUGACCGGUGACCGCGUAGAGCUGCAACGGCCCGGCAGGUGGCUGGAGGAUUUGAAUACUUGACCAUGAAUAAUCAUCAAAUAAGCAUAGUAUCUUUGAUAAUUUGUGCAACUAUUGCAUUUGAACCAACUGCUUCAUCACCUUCCAUCCAAGAAAAUGGACAGAGAAAGAAUGUUCUAUUUCUUGUUGCCGACGAUGCUGGAUUUGAAAUGGGUACCUACAGGAAGAAAGUGGUGCAAACACCAAAUCUUGAUGCACUGGCAAAGAAGAGCCUAAUAUUUAAUAAUCUUUUUGCAUCAGUCAGCAGCUGCUCUCCCAGCCGAGCUUCAAUAUUGACUGGUCUCCCAACGCAUCAGAAUGGAAUGUAUGGACUUCACCAUGGUAUUCACCAUUUUAAUUCAUUUGAUGGGGUGAGAAGUCUACCAAAUAUACUUCAACAGCAUGGAGUAUAUACUGGAAUAAUUGGGAAGAAACAUGUGGGCCCAAAAGAAACGUUUAAAUUUGAUUAUGAGGCAACAGAAGAAAAGCAUUCAAUACUGCAAGUAGGCCGUAACAUCACUCAUAUAAAACUACUAGUGAGAGAUUUUCUGGAAAAGAAAUCCUUAGAGCCAUUCUUUUUGUACGUUGGUUUUCAUGAUCCACAUCGCUGUGAUCACACACAUCCGGAGUAUGGUGCAUUCUGCCAGUUUUUCGGAAAUAGGGAGGCAGGAAUGGGAAAUAUUCCUGACUGGCAUCCAAUUACAUAUGAUCCAACACAGGUUGAAGUGCCCCAUUUUGUGCAGGACUCUCUUCCUGCAAGAAAAGAUAUUGCAGCUCAAUACACAACCAUUUCUCGUCUUGAUCAAGGAGUUGGGCUAGUGCUGAAAGAAUUGGAAAAAGCAGGAGUGCUGAACAAUACCUUGGUUAUUUACACUUCAGACAAUGGGAUACCGUUUGCGGGAGGAAGAACAAAUCUCUAUGACUCUGGUAUUAGAUUGCCCAUGUUAAUGUCAUCUCCACAGCACCAAGAACGCCACUAUCAAGUCACCUAUGCAAUGUCUAGCCACUUAGACCUGGUACCUACUGUAUUAGACUGGUUCUCAGUGCCUUAUCCUGCCAUAGACUUUGCUGAAAACCAUUAUGUACAACCUCUGACAGGAAAAAGUCUCCUGCCAUUGCUCAUUGCAGAGCCCACAUACAAUGGAGAGGCUAUAUAUGCCAGCCAUAAUCAUCAUGAAGUCACUAUGUACUAUCCUAUGAGAGCCAUAAGGACCAAACACUUCAAGCUCAUUCACAAUAUUAAUUACCGAAUGCCAUUCCCUAUUGAUCAAGAUCUGUAUAUAUCUAAAUCUUUCCAGGAUAUUCUAAACCAUACUCGUGAGAAACAACCAACUCACUGGUCAAAGACUCUUCGACAGUACUAUUAUCGGCCUGAAUGGGAACUGUAUGAUCUAAGAAAAGAUGCAGAAGAAAUGAGAAAUGUAGAAGGAAAACCUGCUUACAAGGAGCCAUUGGAAGAAUUAAAAAUUAAGUUAACAAAAUGGCAAGAAUUGACUAACGACCCAUGGAUUUGCUCACCUCAAGGUGUAUUUGAAAACAGUGGAGCAUUCAAAGAAAAUCCCUCUUGUUUGCCUUUAGAUAAUUUGGACUUUUGACUGAAAUAAUCUUUUUAAAACAUCAUCAUCUGCAUACUCUUCUAUGAACAUGCUACAAUGGUAAAUGUAGGUAAAACCUUUUUAUUACAUAAUUAAAUGCAUUAACCCUGUGAUUUUUGUUUUAAAAAAUUUAUAUGAGAUUUACUUAGUUAACAAUUGAAUAAAAAAUCAUGAGAUGUAAAGAGUA